ACCUAUUGGUUCAAUUGUUAAAAAUGAAAAUAAAAUAUAUUUAAGUCUCGGAAAGAAGUGCUCUUAGGGUUCCGGAUUCAGGUCGGUGUCGCCACCGCCCUUCUUCGUGCUUCUCUUCCUCCUUCCUCGGAGAAACUCCGAUCUUCGAAUUUCUACAGAUCAGCUCUUGUGUGGCGGAGAUAUGGGUGAAGAAGACACCGUGAAUGCGGAUCAGAACAGUUUUGCUGGUGGCGAAGAAGAUUCAUUGCUCCGUAAUCGCCAUACGUCGCCAUUGCCUCCACCGCCACAGCAGCUUUCUUCUAAAGUGCUUACAUUGCCUACCGUAUUAACCCUUGGCCGUGUUGCUGCCGUUCCUAUUCUCGUCGCGACCUUUUACGUUGAUUGCUGGUGGGGGAGAACUGCUACAACAAGUAUUUUCAUUGCAGCAGCCAUUACAGAUUGGCUUGAUGGAUAUAUUGCUCGGAAGAUGAGAUUAGGUUCUGCAUUUGGUGCAUUUUUGGAUCCAGUGGCAGAUAAGCUUAUGGUAGCAGCUACAUUGAUAUUGUUGUGCACUAAACCAUUGGACGCUGUUAUCUUAGGACCAGUUCCCUGGUUAGUGACAGUGCCUUCAAUUGCCAUCAUUGGCAGAGAGAUUACUAUGUCUGCUGUAAGGGAAUGGGCAGCAUCUCAAAACGGCAAGCUUUCAGAGGCUGUUGCUGUAAAUAGCUUGGGAAAGUGGAAAACUGCAACGCAGAUGAUAGCGCUAACCAUACUUCUUGCAAGCCGGGAUAGCAGUUUUGCGAGACUAUUACCGUCGGGUAUUGGGUUGCUCUAUGUAUCGGCAGGGCUCUCUAUAUGGUCUUUAGUUGUUUAUAUGAGGAAAAUAUGGAGGGUACUGCUAAAGAAGUAGCAAAAAACUCUCUUUUCGGGUUUUUGCAUUCAGUAUAUACACAUAGAAUGGAAGAUUUGCUCAGCGACAUUUUACCUCUCUUCUUCUUGAAGAAAGCUGACUAAUUUCUAUCUGGAUACAAAUGAAAUUAGCUGGGCAAGCACUAUAAGACUCUUAUAUGAUGCUUUAGUUCUGUUUUCAACUUUGGGCAUUGGGAUCGUA